CGGGAAAAAACGAAAUGACUUUCCGAACAACCCUAUAGAAUACGUUACAUUUGUCACUGAUCACCCACUUGGUCAAUUCGCAAAUCCCUAAUAAUAAUGUUCGUAUAGUUUAUUUUGCGGGAAACUACCGGUGUUUAUCUAGAUUUACGAUAACGAUUUUACGCUAAGUUGGUACCUAUGCAAUGCUCAAGAUAAUGUUUCACUUCUUUUUUACAAUCUCAUCAGCGCUAAUAAGGUUAAAAGAAACCAUUUUUAUCCUGCAGUUUCACAAGUGCAUUGCGUAUUACCUACUGUAUUACACUACCUUUAUUUAUUAUAUGCUUAUACCUACCACAGACGAAAGUAGAAGUAAAUUAGUAGAAAAAAGACCUUUUAGAGGUGCCUCUAAAACACUUACCACCUUAAAUUACCACAGAGUUUGUAUCAGGUUCAUAUUUUUAUCUCGUAUAGAUAUUCGUAAUUAUUAGAGUUUGGAGAAAUUUAUUUCUGCACAGCGUAUGGUGAUUUAAAGCAUCCAAUCUACUCCAAUUAUUAUUAGGUAAACAUAUUAUGUGCACACGGUAAACCUGUGAACGAUUUUUUAAUUACCUUUAAAAGAAAUCAUUAUACAGAGCAAUUUCUCUUUAAUUGGAAAUAAACUGACUGACCACAUUCAUUCUAAUACAGCUAUAGUACAUUACGUUUGACUCAAAAACCAUCGGAGGAAAUCCAGUGUUGCGGUUUCGGAAAGAAAAUAAAGUUUGUGGUCCAUAAUCAUCUCGUUUCCUUUCUCCGUUAAUCUAACACUAUUUGUAGCUCCAUUGAGAAAUGUGUUUUAGUUGGUUGUUGUACAAUUUAUAACUCGUUCCGAUGGUGUUGUUAACGCGCGUGCCAAAUAAUUACAUAAAUACGAAAAUUAUGUCAACCUCAUAGAUUCGGGGCAUAUAAUGGACAUUUCGUUACAUCCAAAUUUGUUGAAUAAGGAUCUUUUGUUAAAUAAGAAUAAUCAAAGCGACUCGGGUAUUCAUUCUGCCACUGGAAAUUCGUCAUUAAGCGAUGAAAUUAUGGACCAGUCGCAAAAUUCCGACAUAGAAAAUCGCAGCGAAAGUAGCUCUCCCGAAAGAAAAUACUUUUGUCCAAUUUGCGAAACAGUUUUUACUUCUCAACAUGAAUUUACCCUGCACAUUCGCUCUCACAAUAACGAAUCGGAACCGCAGGACUGCGAAAAGAACUACACUUGCCGCAUAUGCUUCAAAGUGCUAAGUUCGAGUAGCAGUUUAGAUCGCCACAGUUUAAUCCACAGUGGCGAAAGACCGUUUACGUGUAAAUUUUGCGGAGACACGUUCACAACAAACGGAAACAUGCAUCGCCACAUGAGGACUCAUUCUCAACGAAACGACAGCUACGAAUCGGACGCUAGCAUAAGUAGCAACGAUUCGAAAGGAAUUGAAUAUAACAAUAAUAAAAUCAGUAACAAAAGCGACAGUUUAAAAGACUCAACUGAAGACAACAAUAACGAGAAUAAACGUAUAUAUAGCGAAGAUAAAUUCAGCAACCCCAAGCGAAUAUCCAGGGAAGAACCACAAGAUCUCACAAAUCGCAAUCAAUUGCAAAAUUAUCAAUGUUCUGUAUGCGAAAGGAACGACUUUACAUCAAUAAAUGCACUCGAAAUUCAUUUGGAAGAUAACCAUAAGAAUUGUUUAACAGUAUGUAAACUAUGUAACCAAAAUUUUAAAAACAAUAAACUGCUAAACUUUCACUAUAAAAUAGCACACCAAAUAGAAGAGACUGAAAAAGUACCCUCCGUUGUUGGAUUUAAAGAUCUUACAUUUGUCGACUUCUCUAGCGAAAAGUUUCCGUACAUAGCCAAGUAUGAAUGCGAAAAAAAUCUCCACAAGGCAUCGAGUGGUCCGAAGUUUAUUUGCAAAAAUUGUGGUCGGGCUUUUCCUUGCGGCAACUCCCUUGAAAUUCACAAAAAGGAUUGCUUCGCUGGGCUGGAUUUGUCGACAAACGGGAAUAAAACUUUGACUCAAGUUCCAGAAGAAAAAGAUGUAAAGAGAGCUGAAUUCUUUGCGCGUUUAGAUCUACACUCGAACUCUCCUAAUAAAAUAAAAACUGAUAUUCCACCGGAGACCAUUGACGUAAAAGAAAAGCUGCAAAAGCAUCUUUUGCAGUCUAUCGAAGGAACUAAAGAUCUUGCCGAUAUACAAUCGAUAAUCUCUAUGACAACGUGUGGAAGCCUUCUACAACAUUUACAAACGAAAACAAGCGAAAUCCCUCUUUUACCUUUAUCAAAUUCAUUGGAGAGGAGAUCUCACGAACUUCAAAAGCAAGAAAACGAGGAAGAAUCGCAAGAUGCAUUUGCUGCAGAAUUUCGAAAGAUGAAAUUAAGAGGGGAAUUUCCUUGUCGACUGUGUACAGCAGUGUUUCCUAAUCUACGUGCCCUCAAGGGUCAUAACAGAGCUCAUUUAAAUAGCAAUAAUAAUGGCACUUAUCGGUGCAACAUGUGCCCACAUUCGUCCAUUGAUAAAGCGGCUCUUAUUCGUCACAUGAGAACUCAUAAUGGAGACAGACCUUACGAGUGUUCACUUUGCAAUUACGCCUUCACAACCAAAGCAAACUGCGAAAGGCACCUGAGAAAUAGGCAUGCCAAGAGUACCAGAGAAGAAGUGAAAAAGUCGAUCAUAUACCAUCCUUCUGAAGAUCCAAGUAACGACGAAAUUACUAAAAUGUUAACUCGAGAAGAAGCUAAGAAAGGUAAUUGCAGUAAUGAUGUGGGAAUUGCCGUCAACGAUGCCAAAAGCAGCAGUAGUCCUAAGAGUUUCAGUACUCGCGAUAGACAUAAUUUUAUUUCGGAAAACUUUUCUUUUAAUAAUCGGAUACCAUCUAGUCAUAGUUUACCCAUAACAGCGAAUUUUCUAUCGUUGAAAAAUAGUCUACAAUUGAAACAGCUUAAUGAUGAAGGUGCGAUUGCUACAAACGAUGAAGUCUUACGAAGUUCCGCCGAUAUAAAAAAUAAAAAGGAAUUUUUGUCACCGUAUCUUACGCAUUCGUUGAAGUUUUCCCCUAAAAUUGAAAACAUUUCGACACCACAAUCAACACCAAAAUUGCAAGUGAAAAAAUUGGAAACCCUUAAGGAAACCACCGUAGAGGGUAAUCCGACGAAUAAUGUUGAGUGCAACCGAAACUACAAUCUUGAGGAAGACGAAUCGAUAAAUUACGUUCUGGACCUGAGUAAGAAGAAGAACUUAAAAGAAGAAGAAACUUCGAAUAGUAUGGAGGAGUUGCCGCAAGAUUUAACAAAGAAAUCUGAAUCAGAUGAUAAACACAACGUCGGUGACAUUUUAACGCAGCAAUUACUUAAAAAUGCCCCGAAAAUAGACCCCCUGUAUGCAUCGCAACUUGCAUUCUACAGGAAUAGUUUUCAUGGUUUGUCAAGUUUUCCGUAUUGGCCAUUGACUUGUAAUCCCCUGCUUUUUUCAUCGGUACAACCUCCAAUUUUUCCUCAAAAUCCACAAGAUGUUAAAGACCGACUCCAGAGACUUCAGUUCUGCAGUGGCGGCAUGAUUAUGGACAAUUUUAAAGAAAGGCUGAAACACAUGCAACACGUAGCAAUACCAAAUAUUAACUCGCUUAAUAGUCCAAAUAAAAAUGACCAAACCCCCGAUAUGAGCAAAUCAUCCGAAUCCAGUAUUUUAAAUUCAAAUUCUUCCGAAAAUAUGGACAAGCCUCCAUUAAGUAUCGGUUUGGAGCCUAACUAUCCGGAAAGUAUUUCCAACGUUCAAAGUCCAGUUUCUUCCCAUCCUAAAUCGGAAAUUGUUCAUUCGUCAAACUCGGUAAAAAUGGUAAUUAAAAAUGGAAUUCUAAUGCCAAAACAAAAACAGAGACGGUAUCGAACUGAAAGACCAUUUUCAUGCGAACACUGCUCUGCGAGGUUUACUCUUCGAUCGAAUAUGGAGAGACAUAUAAAGCAACAACAUCCCCAAUUUUGGUCUCAACGACAGCGAUCCAAUUUGAAUACAUUAGGAAGGAAAGGUCAAACACAGAGCCCAAAAGACGGUCUAUGUAACAUUAACGUUCCGACGUAUCAUUUGCCAAAAUCGUCCGAGCAACCCGAAAACAAAAGUCAUAAGAUUUCGGACAAAAUAAAAUACGCCAUCUUGGCCCAACAUCUAAAGUCAACUCAAGAAGCAAAUCCAUACUUGUUAGAAAUGCAGACGAAGGAAGACGACGAUGAUUGUGAAUUGAUAAUUGAUGAAAACGAUGACAGCGGCUUUAAAAAUAGUAAUAAUGAACACAAGAGAUCAGGAAAAUUGCACGUAGAUAAUCGCCCUUCGCUAGGGGAAGAUGAAAAAUCCGGUCUUCUCCAAGACAAUUCAAAGCCAGCAUUUAAGAAUGAAGACAGUCAUGAUUUGGUACCUGUUUCUCGUCUUCUUGACAAUGCAUCUCAACAGCCGUUCAAAGAUUAUUUUAAUAGAGAGAAUGAAGAACAUGACGACGGAAAUAGUGAGGAAGAGGAGGAAGGCUUGGUAGCUAGUAGCAGUACUAGCGAGGAAAAUAAUUCCGGAACUGAUGAAAACAGAUCCGAAUCUGAAAAUAACGUAAACAGCCGUCAACCGCCAAAAAAAAAGUCCGCAUAUUCUUUAGCUCCAAACAGGGUAAGUUGCCCGUAUUGCCAACGAAAGUUUCCUUGGACUUCCUCCUUAAGACGCCAUAUCCUCACUCACACUGGACAAAAACCUUUCAAAUGUAGCCACUGUCCUCUCUUGUUUACUACAAAAUCAAACUGUGACAGACACUUACUGCGUAAACAUGGCAAUUCUGCUACAACUAUUACUAACGCCGCAGAUAACAGUCAGACGCCUAAUUAUUUAAUGCGAAAUGUCCCCGAACGCCCCUUCAAAUGUUCUAAUUGUCCUAGCAGCACUUUUUCCACAUAUUCAAAUCUAAAAAAGCAUAUCAACUGCAAACACUCGACACCUAGCUCUCAAAGUGACGACGCACAUUCCCAGGUAUCAACUGGUUAUGAAGCGGGCAGUUCGGAAGAUGAAAAACAGAUGAGCAAUGGAAAUCAGACUGACUGGGACAAACAAGUUUCCCAAAACAGAAUUAAUGUUUCCAAUGGAAGCGUAGAAAUACAAAAUUCUCAUGUUCAAAACUCGGAAUUGCCGUUCAAAUGUCACUUGUGCGAUAAUUCUUUUGCCGAACGUCAAGACACUCUGGAUCAUAUCAAAGAGAAACACGUUUCAGAAUAUGAGUUACUAAUGUCAAAAAAUGCUUUGGAAAGCCACCUGACAAUGGAAGACAGCGCUCAUCAGUACGAAGACGAAAACGAAGUGCGAGGAAAAUUUCCCGAUUAUACUAAUCGAAAGGUAAUCUGUGCGUUUUGUAUGCGUCGAUUUUGGUCUGCAGAAGAUUUACGACGACAUAUGAGAACUCACACUGGCGAAAGACCGUUUAGCUGUGACAUUUGCCAAAGAAGAUUUACAUUAAAACAUAGUAUGUUAAGACAUCGGAAAAAGCAUAACGUCGCUUUCGAGAAUGACACUCUGAACAGCGACGAAGAUAUCAAUAAUCCUGGUAGUAAUUUAUUACAUGAAAAAAUUACGAAACUAAACAGACUAAAAUCUACAGAAAAAACUGACGAUUCCGACGGAGCCGAAGGUAGCGAUCUUAUCAGUAAUCUGUUGGGAAUACGAGAUCGAUCGAUUAUUGAUCAAGUACUGACUGCAUCUGCUGACGAUGCAGCCAAACUUUUGGGUGUGAAAAGCGGUGCUCCGGAAUGAAAAAUCUAGUGCUUUGAUUAGAGUAAUUGUAAAUAGGUCAACUUAGCAGAUAGAAAACGAUUUAUAUAUAUAUAUAUAUAUGUGUAAGAAUAUUUAAUCUUUCUACCACUACCAAAGUUGUUAAUGACUGUUCUGAAGGUAAUUCUUGACGUUCGUUCGUAGGUAUAUUGUGCAUGCUUGCAGUUGUAAGUAUAUUUAUUGUAGUAUCUUUGAUCUAGUCAUGGUCAUCUAUCGUUUAACUUUAGGUAGAAAUGUACAGUUUAAUUUUAAAUCGUAGUAAUGUAGGCGAACUUUGUGUCGAAUGGUCUAAUAGUUUGAAUCCAAAUUGCUGUAAUUCUGACAUUAUAUACUUACGAUUAGUGUUAAGUUUUUGCGAAACUUGUUUAUGAUAAAAUAAAGUUUUAAAACGCUUGUAACUAUUUAAAUUGAAGACUUGGUUUGUAUUAUCUAAAUGAAAUUUAUGUUAAGCGUAUUUAUGUUGUUAUUUUUUGUACUGUUUUAAAUGUUAUUUUAAAAUUAUUUUAAUUAGAAAAGCAAAUGGAGUGUUUGUUAGUAAUCAAAAGUAAGAUACCAUGCUACUAACGUAAGUGCAUAUAUCGACAUAUAUUUAUUUUCGAAAAAUUCAUUUUGGUGUUAUUACUAUUCUGGAAUUUCUGUAAUUAUUAUCACGUUUACUUUUGUUGAAUUCUUUUUUUAGAGAUGUAAAAAUAGGCGUAUAUGUACUUGUCUAUUAUUUCUCCAUACUGUAGUAAUUUUUCGACAGGAUUGUACAUUUUAAUAAAAGCAUUACGGUCUAGAAAACCAAAUAUUAAAUUUAUAAAGGUAGAGAUUUAAUUAAUAGGUGUUCGUUUAGUUUUAAAGAUGGUGAAAAUAUGCUAUGUAUCUAUCUAUACUUACCGUGUAGGCGAGUAAGAACGUACUGUACCAUAAAAUAAUAGAAAACUUAUAAAUCCUUGCGGAAGUAUAUUUAAUUUAAGCAAUAUGCAUAUAGGUAUUAGUGCUAUUUAAAAUUAUUGUUAUUAUUGAUGAAACGUAGUUAAUAUUAUAAUAAAUUAACGCUUAAAUGCACGGAAUAGUAAUAGAAUAGUAAAGGUUUUGUCUGCUAUCUACAAUAGUUUUUACGCACCAUUAUCGAGAAAAGAAAAAUGAAUUUAUUGAUUUGUAUUAUGUUACAAGCACACAUUCGUUGUUGUUUUAAGAUGCACUUGAUUUUAGUGUUUACUGCAUUUAUCACACAUUCACGCUGUGUCUUAACCAAUUAGAAAAAAAUUAAUUAAUAGCAGAAAACGUUUUUGCAUCUGAAGGUUGUGAAUAUAAGUUAGAUUUAUAAUAACGAUGCAGUAAUUGCAACUGUAUUUUUAUGUGCUUUAUGCACGCUACCUACGUAUAUAUAUAUCGAUAUAUUGUAUGUAAAUUAAUUAUUUGUUAUAUUGCCAUAUUUCUGUAGUUACUACUUCCUUAAUUAGUUUUCAAUAAAUUAUGCUCAAUUAA